AUGUCGUUGCCAACAUCCAAUUUGACUGCCAUUGCAGUAGCCCUCAGUGCGCUUCUCCUCUUCUGGAGCUUUUCGGCGACUUCGUCAUCCCCCUUCACCCGCAAUUUCCCAAGCCUCCAUGGCAAGCGAAUCUGCCUCUUAAUCGCACACCCUGAUGACGAAGCCAUGUUCUUCGCCCCGACAGUGCUGGCUCUUACCAAGCCCGAACUCGGCAACCACCUGAAGAUCCUCUGCCUCAGCACCGGCGACGCCGACGGCCUAGGCGAGACACGCAGGAAGGAACUCACAAAAAGCGCUCUCCACCUCGGUCUGCGCAGCGAGGAAGACGUCCUUGUCAUUGACGAUCCCUCUCGCUUCCCAGAUAGUAUGAGCAAGUCGUGGCCCGAAGAAGAUAUCUCCGGCCUGUUGGCGACCGCGUUCGCCCCAGAGGUCGCCGCAACUCUAAACGGUACUGCGAAGAAAAACUCGAGUAAACCUCCCUCCGCCACCAUCGACGUCCUCUUGACCUUUGACAAAGAGGGCAUUAGCAAUCACCCUAACCACCGCUCGCUGUACCACGGGGCCCGCCACUUUAUACGCAGCCUUAUGCAGGAUAAAGCUGGCUAUGCCUGUCCGAUUACCCUGUAUACCCUGACCUCGACUCCGAUGUACCGCAAGUAUGUGGGCGUGCUGGAUGUGCCAGUGACCAUGGUGCAGGGUGCUCUUGCGAAUACCUUUGCGCGGCUGUCAAGGGCGAAGAAGGAUGGGGCGGGUCCAGCGCGCUUGCUCUUCGUUAAUUCUAUUGCGGAGUGGUUCACUGCUCAGUCUGCUAUGACGAAGGGGCACAAGAGCCAGAUGGUCUGGUUCCGAUGGGGGUGGAUCACUAUUAGUCGAUACAUGUUCAUGAACGAUCUGAAGCAGGAGAGGGUCUAG